AUGGCGCCGGUCCAGGACGUCCCAGAGCAUCCCAACGCUUCUUCACUCCACAGCACCGGCAGAGAAGUGCUGCUGCCGCGGGCAGGGCUGGUCACUCUCUCGGUCAUUAUGGCCGUGUUCUCGGUCGCAGCUGUGGUCCUGAACGCCACAGUGAUUGCGGUGACCCUGCGGCACAGGCAGCUGCGCCAGCCGCUCAACUUCGCCCUGGUCAACCUGGCCGUGGCUGACCUGGGCACCACGCUGACCGGCGCAGUGCCAUCUGUGGUGACCAAUGCUGCGGGAUACUACAUCAGCGGACGAGUGGGCUGCGUGCUGGAGGGCUUCUGCGUGGCUUUUUUCGGUAUCACAGCGCUGUGCACUGUGGCUCUGAUUGCUGUGGAGCGAGUGUUUGUGGUGUGUAAGCCACUGGGCACCAUCAUCUUCCAGGAGAAGCACGCUGUGGCCGGGGUGGCGGCAUCCUGGCUGUGGUCACUCCUCUGGAACACCCCUCCGCUCUUCGGCUGGGGAAACUACGAGCUGGAGGGCGUCGGGACGUCCUGUGGGCCGGACUGGCAGAGCCGAGAUCCUAAAAACCUCUCCUAUGUCGUUUGCUACUUCGUGCUGUGCUUCGCCAUACCGUUCAUCAUCAUCGUGGUGUCGUACUCGUGGCUGCUGUGGACGCUGAGACGAGUGGCUAAAGUAGGAGGUGCAGCAGCAGCGAAGGCGGAAGCUCGGAUAGCGUGGAUGGUGAUGAUGAUGGUGGUGGCGUUCUUGGUCAGCUGGAUGCCCUACGCCACUCUGGCACUCACUGUGGUCUUCAAGCCUGACAUGAACUUCAGUCCUUUAGUGAAAGUCAUGCCCAUUUAUAUGGCCAAGAGCAGCACCAUCUACAACCCCUUGAUCUACAUCUACAUGAACAAACAGUUUCAGAAAUACGCCAUACCGUUCCUGCUCUGCGGGAAAAACCCCUUGCCUUCAGAAGAAGAGGCAUCCGAGGUUCAGACCACUGUGAGCCCCCUGAACAACAAAAUCACUCCAGAGUGA